ACGCAACUCAGCUAGCAACAUGAGAUCCCUUCUCAUUUUCGUCUUUUUUGCAACCAUUUUUGCCGUUGAUGCUCAAUACGAUUCGGCCGACUCAUCUCAAUCGGAAGAUCUUCCAGAUAUUGCUCCAGAAUCCGUGUCUUCAGAAGAAAUAAUUGAGGUGGAUGUAAACAUUGAGGGCUCCGGAUCUGGAGAUGGACCAAUAAUUGAUCAAGUUCACAUGUUCGGAAUACUUCCAGGACCUGGAGAUAUUCGCAAAAAGAGAGGAAUUCUGGAAAUUCUUGGCAGAAAAUGAUCUGUUUUGUUGAAUACAAUUUCCUGUGAUGUUACAUUUGUGAAUAAAAAUUACAGUU